GGGCAUAUCUAGGUGAGACUGUGGGAUCGAUUUGAGAAAUUCUAGUACAGUUUAAAAAAAAAAAACUCAACAUCCUAAUCUAAGCACUGCUUUAACCACGGGUGGUUUCUUCCUUCUUGUGCGGAAAUAAAAUUGCUCCUCCUGCUCCUGUGCUUGAUCGUCUACGGCGUCGUUUCAGGUGUCUAAUCCAAUCCAAGAAACAAUGGAGAGUAGUGGAUCGAAGCAUCAGAGCAUUUCUCAUUCGUCUCGCACUGACGAGUCCUUAAUGGAGAUGGCUUCUGGACACUACGGGUGCUCACACUACAAAAGGAGAUGUAAGAUAAGAGCACCUUGCUGUGAUGAGAUUUUUGACUGUAGGCAUUGCCACGACGAAUUAAAGAAUUCCAUUGAAGUUGAUCCUUUGAGAAGGCAUGAUAUUCCUCGCCAUGAGAUUAAAAGGGUCAUUUGCUCAUUGUGCAAUACAGAACAAGAUGUUCAACAAAAAUGUGUCAAGUGUGGAAUUUGUAUGGGAGAGUACUUUUGCUCAAUAUGCAACUUCUUUGAUGACGAUGUCUCAAAGAAUCAAUACCACUGUGAUAGAUGUGGAAUCUGCAGGACUGGAGGUAAAGAGAACUUCUUUCAUUGCAAUGGAUGUGGGUGUUGCUAUUCGAAUUUGUUAAAGGAUUCACAUACUUGCAUAGAACGAGCAAUGCACCACAACUGCCCUGUUUGCUUCGAGUACCUUUUUGAUACCACAAAAGACAUUACAGUCCUGUUUUGUGGUCACACUAUACAUCUUGAUUGUGUGAAAGAGAUGGAAAGACAUUUCAAGUACUCAUGUCCUGUUUGCUCAAAAUCAUAUUGCGAUAUGUCUCGUGUGUGGGAAAAGCUUGAUCAGGAGGUUGCUUCUACAGCGAUGCCUCAAAUUUAUCGGGAUAAGAUGGUUUGGAUACUUUGCAAUGACUGUGGGGAAACGUCUGAGGUGAACUUCCACAUUGUGGCACACAAGUGUCUGAAAUGCAGCUCAUAUAAUACGAGGCAGACAAGAGGAGGACCGGCUUCGUGCUCCUCAAGGAUCUAAGAGAUGGUUGGAUGACCGAUUUCUUGGUCACGGUAGUCUGCUACAAGUUAUCCGUUAUAUUCGACUUUGUAAAACGAGAUAUUAUUUUGACUUUCAAAAAAGAAAAAAGAUUAAUUUAAUCACAGAGUCUGUAAAUUUCCGCUGAAGCAUAUUUGAUUGAUGUAGUCUUGUAAUCGCUUGCAUCAACCUUCCAGAUGGAGCCCGGAAGGGAAAAAGAAUAACAAAUUGAAACAUGCAUAGUAGACAUGGUUAACGAUGA